GAAUGUUCUUGGUUUUUAUUUUCCUUUUUUUUUGUUUUUUUUGAACAUCGUUUUGCUUAUUUAAUAUCAAAUGCUGGUUUUCUCGUUUGAUUAGUAUCAUUUAAUUAUCUCUCAUUGAUAAGAAGGAAAAACUGGUUCGACCUGAUUGUCAAUUGAGUUUUCUAUUUAAUUCGUUGAUUCAUCACCGGCAUCUCAUUUGUUGUCAUCAUUCAACUAAAAAUUUUCUGUUCUUUUCUUGUUUUUAUUUUCCUUUCCAAUUUUAUUCUUUUAAUGUUAAAUUAAUAGUUUCUCUCACUUCCUCAAUCAUCUUCAUCAACGUAUCUUCAUGUCUGAAACUAUAGGAAAUUAUGACAUACCAAGUUCCGCUAGUUCAGAUGGUGGAAGUGCCGAUGAUUUAUCUUAUCCUAUUAAAGGAGAAAAAACCGACGAUCUUAUAGGAGAAAUGGGACUAAACAGUGAACCCAUUAAACCGAAAGAAUUGAAUGGACUCAAUUCGUAUCAACCACAAAAAGUAACAUGGGAACCAGUUAAAGCUAAAGGACCAACAAAGACAAGUCGCAAAGAUGCCGAAUGGACAUUAUCAAAGACGAAAAUCUUAGCGACCAAAUCUAAUACACUUUUAAGAUCAGGUCAACGGACAAUCUACACUUCGGGUCGACCUCCUUGGUAUGAUGUCCAAGGACAAUUAGUUGAACCUUUAAUAAUCGGUAUUUGUGGUGGAAGUGCUUCGGGUAAAACUACAGUCGCUAGAAAGAUUAUCGAAACACUCGACGUGCCUUGGGUCACCUUAUUAAGCAUGGAUUCAUUUUACAAAGUUUUAUCAGCCGACGAGAGUAAACUUGCUCGAACUAAUGAAUUUAACUUUGAUUCUCCUGAUGCUUUCGAUUUUGAUUUAUUAGCUGAAACAAUUGCCAAAUUACGAGAUGGUAAACGAGUCGAUGUACCGAUUUACAAUUUCGUUACACAUUCACGAGAAAAACGAACGAGAGUAACCUAUGGAGCUAAUGUUAUAAUUGUUGAAGGAAUUCUGAUAUUUUAUCAUAAGAAACUUUUGGACAUGAUGGAUAUGAAAGUAUUCAUUGACACCGAUCCUGAUGUACGAUUAGCACGUCGAUUGAAACGAGACAUUUCUGAACGAGGCCGUGACCUGGAAGGAGUAAUGAAACAAUAUAAUACUUUUGUGAAGCCUUCGUUUGAAAAUUUUAUUGCCCCAACUGUGAUACACGCUGAUAUAAUUGUACCUCGAGGUGGUGAGAAUCAAAUAGCCAUUAAUCUGAUUGUUCAACACAUACAUAAACAAUUACAAUCAAGAGGAGCUCAAUUAAGAUCUAAACUAUUAAAAAGCCAUCAAGAUCAACCAUUACCUGGAAGAUUGAAAGUCUUACCAAUGACAUCACAAGUUAGAGGGAUUCACACAAUCAUUAGGAAUCAAGAUACAACUCGAGAUGAAUUUAUCUUCUAUUCCAAACGAUUAAUGAGACUUUUAAUUGAAUUUGUGCUUUCACUUCUUCCCUUUAAGGAUGUAACGAUUGAAACACCUCAAGGAGUUGAAUAUUAUGGUAAACGGGCUGAUGGUAAAAAGAUUUGUGGGGUCUCGAUUUUACGAGCGGGCGAGACCAUGGAACAAGCGUUGAAAGAUGUCGUGAAAGACGCUCGAUUAGGAAAAAUUUGUAUCCAAACGAAUACAGUUACAAACACUCCGGAGCUUUAUUAUCUUAGACUUCCGAAAGACAUUAAGGAUUAUCGUAUACUCGUAAUGGAUGCAACAGUCGCUACCGGAGCAGCGGCCAUGAUGGCGAUUAGAGUUCUACUUGACCAUGAUGUACCCGAAGAGAAUAUUAUUUUAUGUUCAUUGUUAAUGGCCGAAUCGGGAGUCCAUUCAAUUGCUUACGCGUUUCCGAAAGUCGUUAUCGUGACCACUGAAGUUGAUCCAGAAGUUAACGACAGUUUCUACAUUGUCCCAGGAAUCGGUAACUUUGGUGAUAAAUUUUUCGGAACUGAAUCACUUUGUCCAGGUCCAUAAUUAAUCUAAAUCAUGACAGGAAAUCCAAAACAUAAUGGGAACAAUUUUUUUAAUACUCUCAAUGUAACGGCCUUUUUAUCAGUCUUUUUACACACUGAAAUCAUAACAAAGGAAAAAUCAAUCAACUAAUAUAUCUCUUGAUUUGGUUGUGUCCAUUAUCUAACCACUACCAUCAAGAAAUUCAUUCCUAUUCUCUCUGCCAUUUUGUUUUUCGAUUGUAUUCCAAAUUAUUUCGAUCUCUAUAUUUUAAUUUUUCCUCUUUGUAAAAUCAAAUGUUUCUUUUCAAGUCUUUUCUUGUUUACAGAAAACUAUUUACACUUUAUCCACAAUGACUUAUUCUCAUUGAGAAAUUAUGGUCAACUUUUCAUUUACUUUUCUUCCAUUAAAAUAAACACAUAAACUCAUGGAUUUAAUGAA